AAAUGGCUCAUAAAUCAAUUCUUAAUAAUAUUUCUAAAAUCGGGCAAUACUGGAAUUCCAAAAGAAAUAUUACAUUAGGAAAAAUAAUAUACAAUCAAAAAACAACAUCUGUACCAAACGUAUCAGGUUUGUCAGAAAAUUGCGUGAAAAUUCCAGCUCAACCAGUAGGUCCCGGAGCGGCAAAGAAUACCGGCUACAAAAACCCAGAAUAUUUCUGUUAUGAUAAAAAUAGUUAUUUUGAGGCUGAGGUAGAAAUGUUGAAAUACCGCUGUCCACAACCUUCGGUUUAUAAACCAUAUGUUCAUACUAAAUAGAUAUUUUAGAUACACCCACAAUUGUUAUAUAUUAAAUUAGCUAAAUAAUAAAUAUUUAUUAAAAAUUUGCCUUGAACUCUAUAGAAAACCUCAAUAUUUA